AUGUUCAAUUCUCCACGACGAUGGCUGCUCGUCGUCUCUCCGUUUCUCACCCUCGUUCUAAUCUAUUACCUCUUCCUCACCCCUAACACGAACCCGGUCGCGGUGAACACGAACACGAGCACGAACACCGAGCAGUGGACCCAACCCGAGCAAAGCACCAUUGUUCUUGAAGGAAAGCAGCCGUAUCCGGAGACCGAGAACCAGGGCAAGGCAUCCAAGGCGUCCGAAGAGGAUGAGAACCCCUGUGGGAAGCUGCAUCAUGACAUGGAAGAUGUAUUCGUGGUCCUGAAGACCGGUGCCACCGAGGCUCUCCAAAAGGUUCCCGUGCAGCUACGUACUAGCUUCAAGUGCGUCCCGAACUUCGCAGUCUUCUCCGACUACGAAGAAACUAUUAACGGAGUGCGCACCUACGACGUCUUGAGCAAUGUGACCGAACGCACGAUGCGAAACGAGCCCGAGUUUGAGGUCUACCAACACCUUCAAAAAGUCGGCCGUCCGGGCCUGACCGACGAGGACUUUGGCGACGACGAAAAUGGACCCUUUGGCAAGAUCAACAACCCCGGAUGGAAGUUGGACAAGUGGAAGUUCCUCCCCAUGAUCGACGGAGCGCUGGAGGCGAUGCCCGAUGCCAAGUGGUACGUCUUCCUCGAGGCGGACACCUAUAUCGUCUGGCAGAAUCUGGUCAAUUGGCUGGCCCACCUUGACCACACCCGCAGCUACUAUCUCGGCAGCCCGAUGCAGAUCGGUGAUAUCCUGUUCGGGUAUGGCGGGGCAGGUGUAGUUCUCUCUCAAAGGGCGAUGCAGCGUCUGCACAGCUACCGCAUCCACAACCAGGAGGAGCUGGAGGUCAUGACUGCCAGUGAAUGGGCCGGAGACUGUGUUCUCGCCCGAGCUCUCCAGGAUAUCCAUAUUCCUCUGACCUGGGCCUGGCCCAUGAUGAUGACCUCCCGCCCGUGGGAGAUCGAUCACUUCUCGGAGGGCUACGGACGCCAGCCCUGGUGCUAUCCGGUCAUCUCGUACCACCACAUGAACCCUCGGGACAUCGAGGGGAUGUGGCGGUUCGAGCGGGGCUUUUUCAAGAGCGGCAAGAACGCUCUUUUGCUCCACGCCGACGUGUACCGGGCGUUCAUCCAUAACAGUUCCCUCGCCGAACGCGAGGAUUGGGAUAAUCUGUCCUCGGCCAACAUUGACUUCGAUCCUCCCACGACUCCUUCUGCUGAGGCGUGUGCGGAUGCCUGUUCGCAGAACUCGGAAUGUCUCCAGUUCUCCUUCAACCAUGCGGAGCAGAGCUGCAAACAUGCGUCCACCACUUUUGCCGGCGUCGCCACCAACGGCACCUACUCCGGCUGGAUGACCCACCGCGUCCAGCGGCUCCUGAAAGCCUUCCAGUCAUCAUGUCCCCAGGUCGAAUAUAUUUUCGACUAA